AUGACCACCACUGAAACCCCCGGCUACAUUCCCAUCUCGGAGUGGCCAAGCCUCGAGGCUCUUGCUGUCGGCUACGGCGAGCACUUGAUGACUGAAUCCUCCCAACUGAGUGGAAAACACGUCGAUCUGGUCUUCAGUGAUAGCUCGCGAAUCACACACCAUUUCAUUGAUAGCAACACGCUGAAGUGGGAGGUGGUAGGAGCUGGGCAGAGCGGCAAUGCAGAAUACAAGGCCUUCGAAGUACGGCCGAAUAUCUUCUUCGUCGACUUCUACAAACCAGACCACGACGAGCAGGUCAGCCUCGUCCUCAAUCUAAGCACCGGCCAGGCUAUAGCUGGUACCUCCAGCUUCCGCAUGGUGAAUAGCCAGAAGAGAACGUGGACCAAGUUCGCUGAUGCCUCUAUCGGCGACACCUCGGUCACUCCGUUUCAACCCACCGACGACCUGAUCGGUAAACAUAUCCUGUAUAGCUAUACCCCCCGGGACGCAUAUGAACAUAUCUACCUGAACCAGGGCACAUUCACGUGGCACUGCUUGAGCGGGACCGAGAAAGGGCUUGCAGAUACCGAGCCCUGCAAGAUGCUGAGACUGGCGGAUAAGCUGUACCUGCUCUUCUGGAGCGAGAAGAUCAUGCCAGUGGAAUCUGUGGUGGUGGUUGAUCUUGAAAAGAUGCGUUCUACAGGCCGUUUCUUCUGCUGGGAUCCAAAGCCGGCAAAGAGAGUGCAGAUGUCGUUUGGUUCUUACGCAACUGUUCUUGCUGAGACUAGUGCUGCUGCUGUGGUGUCUCGACUGUCCAACGCCUGA